UACUCAAAACCUCAGUCCUUUUUAUUUUUAUUUUUGAGGAACACGUAACACUACCCAUUAAAUACCUUAAAUAUCUCCACACUCUCCCUUCUUACCAAAUAAAUACUCACUCAUAUCGUCUCUAUUGCUCCAGAGACGAAGUAGAAGAAAAAGAAGAAGAUGAAGAUGUGUUAUCAAUUAUUCAUCAUGAGCCUUCUACAUCUCCUUGCACUCUCUCUGCUCAUCUCUGUUUCAGGAGCAAAGUUCUCCGGCCGGCCAGGAAUCAACUACGGCCAGCUCGGAAACAACCUCCCGUCUCCGUCCGACUCAGUCAAACUUAUCAAAUCCCUAAAUGCAAAACGCGUCAAGCUCUACGACGCUAACCCAACCAUCCUCGCCGCCUUAAACGCCACCGACAUCGCCGUCUCCGUCAUGGUCCCGAACCAGCUCAUCGUCAACAUCUCCAAAUCCGAUUCCCUCUCCGACGACUGGAUCCGAUCCAACAUCCUCCCGUUUUAUCCCGACACCAAGAUCCGUUACCUCCUCGUCGGCAACGAGAUCCUUUCGUCCACCGAUUCCGAGCUCAAAUCCGCACUCGUUCCCGCAAUGCGGAAGAUCCAACGGUCCUUAAAGACCCUCGGCGUAAAAAAAGUCAAAGUUGGGACUUCACUCGCCGUCGACGUUCUCCAAUCGUCGUUUCCUCCUUCGAGCGGUGAGUUUCGUUCUGAUAUCUCCGGUUCGGUCAUGAAACCGAUGCUCCAGUUCUUAAACCGGACCAAAUCGUUUCUCUUCGUUGACGUCUACCCGUAUUUCGCCUGGGCCCAAGAUCCGACCCAUGUGGAUCUCGGUUACGCGAUUUUCGAAUCUAGCAACGUCACCGUCACGGAUCCGGUCACGAAUCUGACCUACCACAACCUCUUCGACCAGAUGAUUGACUCUUUCGUCUUCGCCAUGAAACGCCUCGGGUAUCCGGAUCUCCGGAUCUGGGUCGCCGAAACGGGUUGGCCUAAUAACGGAGACUACGACCAAAUCGGAGCAAACAUCUACAACGCCGCCACUUACAAUCGCAACGUCAUCAAGAAAUUCGCCGCAGAACCGCCCGUGGGUACACCGGCCAGACCCGGAGAAGUCCUCCCGGCGUUUAUAUUCGCGCUCUACAACGAGAAUCAGAAAACGGGUCCGGGCACGGAGCGGCAUUUCGGGCUCCUUCAUCCGAAUGGGACUCAGGUUUAUGAGAUCGAAUUGUCGGGGAAGACGACGGAGUUCAAGGAGUCGUUGCCGGCGCCGGAGAACAACGAGGUGUACAAGGGGAAGAUAUGGUGCGUGGUGGCUAAAGGAGCAAAUUGGACUCAGCUUGGUGAUGCUUUAUCGUACGCUUGCUCGCAGGGGAAUAAUACCUGCGACCCGAUCAAACCCGGAGGCCCAUGUCACAAACCCGAUUUGACCAUUUUGCACGCCAGCUACGCCUUUAGCUCUUAUUGGGCCAGCUUUCGUAAGACCGGUGCGACUUGCUCUUUCAAUGGCCUCGCCACUCAAACCAUCAAAGAUCCAAGCUAUGGACGCUGCGAGUUUCCGAGCGUGACAUUGUGACGACUUACGACUUAAGCAAGUGUCGAGAAGAGAGAGCCAUACGAGGAAAGACUGCACGAUGUUUACGGCUUUAAUUAGUAGACACGCCGCACGUGAAACUGCACGAUGUUAUGGCUAGAUCACUAGAAACGGCACGUGAUUACGAUUUUGUGUUUUUAAUGUGCUUUAUAUAUUUUUUUCCUCCGCGAAUAUUAAAAACUCAUGAUUCAUAAAUACUUUUUCUCUGUGAUGUUAUUGGUUCUUUAUGUGUCUAAUAAACUUUUGUGUUCACAUAAAAAUAAGAACUGUGUUAUUUAUU